AUGGCUGAAUAUUCUUCGUCUUCCGCUGUGAACAUGGUCUCGACCAACUGCAACGGCUACAUUUAUUGCAACGAUCAAGUUCCACAAAAUGGUGAGUUGUACUCUUUUCCAAUCAAUUUUCAUUUCUUCCUUUCAGCUCCAACGGUGUCUCUGCCUCUGAACGGACCGAAUCCAGUUGUGAUCUCUCUGAACGAUGAGAAGAAGCUGUGGUCGAAGUACUGCGGGAUGCCGAACGAGAUGAUGGUGCUCACCACCGGCCGCGAACUGUUCCCCAAGUUGAAGUACGAUGUGAAGGGACUCUACCCCGAUAUCCCUUACACUGUUACCAUAUUUCUGCAAAGAAAGUGUGAUUACUUCAUGAAAUACGAGGAGGGGGAGUGGAAGGAAUCUUCGAAGCCAAUUGAUGCUCCGGAAUGCACAAACUACUACACUGUGGGCACCAUGAGCGGAAAAGAGUGGAUGGCUGCUGGUAUAAAUGCCGAACAUUUGAAAAUCUACAAUAUUGGAAACCCGAAGAAGGUCGGAGGCAAGCCGGUCGAUCCGAACGAUCGUUUGGCAGCUGUGAGAGCGGCUGAUAAGGCCCAUAAACUGAGGGAAACCCUGGCAAGAAGUGUACGUUUUGACCAAAUUCAUUAAAAAGUGUUCAAUAUUUAUGUUUCAGAUUGAGAUCAAGUCAUUGACGAAAUACUUGCCAAUUCUGACCAUCUGGCAAAUCCUUCCGGACGGAACGCUGCGCGAGGUUCAAUGGUUUUCUGCCGCUGAAACCGAGUUCCUCACUUGUACUGGAUAUAAGGUAAGCUUCAUACUUCUGAGUAUUUGCUUUAACUCUUCAUCUUUUCAGAAUCCACUUGUCCGCACCAUGAAGUCAAACGACAAUAAGUACGUGCCUGGUCUUCCAUCCAAUCUGGACGCUCCCAGUCCUGUCGUCACUGCAGCUCCGUUCCAGAUGGAUGGCCAAGUGAUGGCUGCAUCCACUUCGGAUGUCGUCCGAUGGGAUCCCGAUAGUCCCACGAACAGUUCCGGCUACUCUUCCGAUCGCACCUCGUACUCUCCGGAAUUCGUUCCCGCCCCCUCAACUAAUCACUAUGUCCCCACUCCAGCUCCACACCACUACGACCCUACUCCGGCUCCACACCACUACGACCCUACUCCGGCUCCACACCACUACGACCCUACUCCGGCUCCACACCACUACGUCCCCACUCCAACUCCAUAUCACCCCAUUCCUUACCCUCCUGCCCAACCCGAUCUCUACUACUCUCAUGUUCCAUUCGAAUCUUUCCCCGAAGAUCAGACCCAUAUGUUAUUCCAAUAG